UCUAGCUCAAAGUGAUCGCCUCCUUGGGCAUAUCCAUCUAAGAGGAUUCUGCCCUUUUUUCCACUAGUACCACUUUCUUUGGCUGUUCUGAACCUGUAGGAUAUUUUUUUUUAUCUGUCACUCAGGUUUGUGAUAUAGUUAGUGUUCUGCUGAAGAAUAACAGAAGUUUUUCUUACAUUGCUGAAGCACAUGCCAAUCUCAAUUGUACUUUUUUAUUGAUCUGUGUCCUAACACACAUGACAGAGCUUAAGUUUUUUUUUUUUUUUUUGGUCCACUGGAAUUGUUUUAUUUUGCCAUUCAAGGAUUUCUUGCUGACAACGUGGUAGGAAUCACUGAGUAUACUCGUCAGAGAAAUCAUGAGUUGGACUCAUUGUAAAUGCUAAACGUCUAUCUGCUUGGAGCUACACCAUCUGUGGAAUUCAAUCAAGAGAUGACCACUGUGUCAAUGGAGCCCAUAGUGGCGAUGGUGGAAAAGAUUUCCAAUGUCACUGAGCGUCCAGUAGAAGCUUCUACUGAAGACUUGGCUGCCAACUUCACCAUUGGUACCAUCCUGUCCCUAAUGUGUCUGGUGGGUGUGUCUGGAAAUAUCUAUACGCUCGUGGUCAUGUGCCACUCCAUGCGCUCUGCAGCCUCUAUGUACAUCUACAUCAUCAACCUGGCACUAGCCGAUCUGCUUUACUUACUCACAAUUCCAUUUGUAGUAUGUACUCAUUUCCUGAAGGGAUGGUACUUUGGAGACGCCGGGUGUCGGAUCCUCAUCAGCAUGGACUUCCUUACCAUGCAUGCCAGCAUUUUCACCCUGACUGUUAUGAGCACAGAACGUUACUUCGCCGUACUCAAGCCUCUGGAUACAGUCAAACGCUCUAAGAGCUACCGAAAAGCAAUCGCCCUUCUGGUGUGGGCGGCUUCGCUGAUUCUCACCUUACCCAUGAUCAUUAGCGUCCAGCUGAUGACGGAGAGCUCCAAGCCAAUGUGUCAACCCACACUGAGCCCUCUCUCGUACAAAAUCUACAUCUCCUUUCUCUUUGGCACGAGCAUUGUGGCUCCAGGGGUGAUAAUCGGGUACCUAUACAUACGCCUGGCACGAACCUACUGGAUCUCCCAGACUGAGACUUUCAAGCAGACCAAGAAGCUCCCAAACCAGAAGGUCCUGUAUCUGAUCUUCACCAUUGUGCUCCUUUUCUGGGCCUGCUUCCUACCUUUCUGGAUUUGGCAGCUUCUUGGUCAGUUCCAGCCCACGCUGGAUCUCUCCACCAAGGCCAAGCGCAACAUUAACUAUCUGACCACAUGUCUGACCUACAGCAACAGCUGCAUCAAUCCGUUUCUCUACACCCUGCUCACCAAGAACUACAAGGAGUACCUUCGCAAGAGACAGAGGACUUGGACGGCUGGUAGCUACCUCAACCGACGGAACCGCUUCCAGAGGUCGCCCCGUCGCUCAUUGUCCUCCAGCAGUCAGCAGUGUACGGAGAGCUUUGUUCUCGCACAGACUUCUCGCACCAACAACAGCAGUCUCUGAGGGAAAAAUGACUGUCUGGGGCAAGACAAGAGCAAAUCAAGCCAAGACGGCUGGUAUCUCCCUCCUCCAUACAGAAGAGGGGAAAGUAAAGGAAGAGCACAGUGGGCAAGAGAAGAAAAGCAAGUCUCGGCACAAUGCGUAUCCCAACAUUAAGAGGCCAAUGUGGGGUUUGAGUUUCCGCCACCUCACCUGUUGAUUCGUUUCAAUCCUGGAUGACCUUCAAGAGGGAUGAAACAAUUCCCAGUUCAUCGGUUUUCUCAAACUUUGGUCUAUUAUCACUGUGAACUGGGUCAUUUUUAUUUUUUUUAUUUUUUUGAUCAUCAAAUUUUGUCAUCAAGGAUCAAAUUUCAAAGCAGGGCAAUAACCAAGAGAAAAGCGUGAGAACUUUCAUCUCCACCUCUCCCUAGUGACUCACCAUGUUAAGUAUAAUUUCCUUCAAACAACUGCAAUAGUCUCUAACAACUGCAUUAUCUUUCCUAACAUGAUUCAAAAUCAGUUUCUCUCAUAUUUAUGAAAAUAUUCUUGCUCUAUUUUGAUCAUUUUGACUGCGUUUGACAUGAACCUAUUCUAUUUGAUUUGCCUUUGGAUUAUCUUCAUUGUAGAGUAUUGCAUUGCAGCCAUAGCAAUGCAGUCAUGGAUCCCUUCCCUUCUGCGCACCCUUUUAUUUUUUUCAGAGUACUUUAUUCUGUUCCUCGAGCCAGUGAAAUGGAUUCUGUCUGAUCACUGAGGAUUCUGUCUCCUACAUCCUGUUUCCUUGAGGCAGACAAGACUGGAGGGUUUGCGUUGACCUCAUAUCUGGCUUUGACUUCUAAUGAGUUGGACAUUUAUACUGUCCAUUCUGACAAGUCAGAAAUCAUCCACAUGGAAGCCCUGUACACAUCUGCAUUGCAGAGUGAAAUUCACCAUCUUGGCAACUCUAGUUUCCUGACUCCAAAAGAAAUAGAUUAUUUAUCUCAAUGCACAAUGGCGCUUAUUAUUGUUGGACUCUCUAUUUGUUUUACACAAAAGAUAAACAGGAAAGUACUGCCCAAAGUUUGUAUGUUGCUUUGGUAUGUUGAGUCUGUGGAAUGUCUGUUUUGUUUUUGUACAGAGUUUAAAUAUACUUGGUAACACAUUACAAUAAGGUUUAAUUCCUUAACGAUAUUUAUAAAACUGCAUUAAGUAUGGAUUAACUAUCAUAAACUAAUAAUAAACAUUAUAUAGUAAUUAAUAAUUUAGAUUAAUGCUAAUUUAAUUUAAAAGUACUAUUGUUCACUUUUAAUUCAUGUGUGUUCGCAACAUGGACAUGAAAUUUUGAUGUUGGAAUUAUCGUAAAGCUUCAGCUACAGUGUACAACAAAAUCAGUAUAGUAACAAAACAAACAUUCCAGCAAUAUUACUAUAAUAUUAGAACUGAGGUCCUUGGAGGUAGUGUUGUCACAAUACUGGAAUUUCUAACUUCGAUACGAUAACUUGGAAAAUAAUGAUAUCCGAUACCAUUUCUGAAACCAUGGGGAAAACUGAUUGUUAAUUUAAACAACAAUUGGUCAAGGGAAUUUAUGUAAUUAAUUAUACUUAUAAAUUUACAUUUACCUAUUAACAAACGCUAUAAAACCUAUUGUUCAUUGUUAUUUCAUGAUACCUAAUGCACUAAUGUUCACACAUUAUUGUAAAGUGUUACCAUAUACGUAAUGUCCGUGUUGUAUUUUAUGUUAAAUUUAUAUGGACAGAUUACUUGUAAAUAUUAUAGUUAUAUUAUUGAAAUGUUUACCUACAUCUUUGUUUACAAAAAAAGCUAAUGGCAAUCACAGAUCAGGUGAAGUACACAAAUAUGUAUUAUGUGAAAUAUAUAUAUAUAUAUAUAUAUAUAUACACCUAUGGCAAAAUGAAAACAAAAAAUCUGUGUGUAAAUCAGAGGGAGAAGCCUUCCAAGAAGUAUGAGUAUUCAUAGUUCCAUGGCUGAAUUUUGUACCUCAGGGGAGAAAGAGUUGGUUCCAAAUGAUUAAAACAGCAAGAUUUUUCAACUGUGUAUAGCAAGUUAAUUUAUUUCUAAUAUAAACUUUCAAAUGGACAUGUUUUUGGAAAAGCAUUUAGUGUGCAAAUAGAAAUAUAAACAAUCAGAGGCUGUUCGAAUGCAAUGCAGGAAUGCAAAAAUAAUGUUAUUUUUGAAGCUGUUUGGUUCAGACCUACACAGAUAAUUCUACAGGAUAUUUUCUCUAUGUGUCUUUGUUUUGCUGUUGUGAUGUGGUGAUGCUGUUUUUUUUUUUUCCACAUUUGUCACUGUUUAGUCUGUGCAAUUGCAGAGCUUCUCUUCACAAGACCCAAUGAUGCUUGGUGAGCAAUGUCCCUUACAUGCACUCAAUAAAUAUGUUCAGUAAACAACAGCAAUACUUGAAACUUUACCUCAUUUUUUGAUAACUAUUACUCGUUUUAUAUAGCAUAGCAUAAGUAAAUUCAGUAGUGCUGGAUCAGAAGUUUGCUCUCAUUCUUGUUUUUAUUAGAUCAGAGAGUACAAAAGAUAUCGUGCCUUAUGGCAGAACUGAAUUAAAAGCUUUUGUUUUGGAGAUGUUAUUGUUACAACGAACUGCCAUUCAGAUUUCACAGGAGACUUAAUGAGUCAGAUGUUUCAGCAGAUGUUGUCAUGAGAAGCUUGGAGAGCCUCCCAAUGGACAGCACAAUGGAAAUAUUGCUGUUUUAUCCACUGAUGUGAUUUACAGUAAGCAAUACUGCAAUUAACUAUUGUGUCAAUUUGAAGAACCUUGUAUUAAAGCCUCAUUUUUGCACAGAUGAUUUAAAUUGAAAAAAUAUAUAAGAAUCAUGUUAACAAAGAACCUAAUUAGUGGUGUAUUACAUUUUGUAUGUGUUUAGAUUGUCAGACUUUUUAAAUAUCAUUCUAGACAAAAUUUAGUUGAUCUUUUUAAAGUAUUUAUAACUAUCAAUACCAUAAUAUCAUU